AUGACUGUGGUUGGAAGAGAAGCAGAAUAUAAAAGUUUACACUACAAGCUUACUAAGUUUAUAACGGAUGAAAUUAAUACUACAAUUUAUAUUAGUGGUGUACCUGGAUCUGGCAAAACCCAUACAAUAAAACAGCUUAUUAAAGAUUUAAAACUUGAAAUUGUGUAUGUAAAUGCUGGACAACUCAAAUUAAAAACUCACAUUUUUCGAGAAAUUUACAAAAACUUAAAUUGCGAAAAAUCGAAAUCACAAACGUUUUUCACCGCACUUCGUUUACAUUUACAAAAUUGUGAUACACCCCAUAUUUUUAUUAUAGACGAAAUAGAUCUACUGUCCAGUAGAAACCAAAAUAUUUUAUACAAUUUAACGGAUUUAAUGCACGUUGAAAACAGUAAAUUACUUCUUAUAUGCAUUUCUAAUACAAUGAAUCUACCUGAAAAGCUAUUUGAAUCAAAGGUGUGUAGUAGAAUAGGUAAAAAUCGGGUAGAUUUUAAGCCUUACACACAUACGAAGUUAAAAAAGUUGAUUUACAACGAAUACAAAGAUUUAAAUGCAACAGAUUUAGAAAUUUUAACUAGAAGAAUAGCAUCUGUAUGUGGUGAUGUGCGAAAAGUUUUUAGUUUGAUUGCUGAUAAAAAUUACAAGCAAGGUAUUAAUAAACUGAUUAAUGAAUUUAUGUCACCCCUCAGCUUUAAGUUACUACCUAAUUUAAGUAAAUAUCAGAAGAUUGUACUAAAUGUUAUAUGUAAUAAUUAUGAUAAUUUAGUACCAAGAAUUUUAUAUCAAAAUUUUAGUAUUUUUUGUAAAACGUAUUCUUUUUUAAUAAUAGAUUUUUACGAUUUUAUUAACAUUUUAGAUAAAUUAAAAUUGUAUGGAAUUAUUAAAUAUGAAGGAUACAAUGACAAGAUGCUAUUACUUUUAGAUAUUGAAGAUAUUAAAAGUAUACUUAAAACAGAUAAAGACUUCAAUUUUUUAAACAGUCAUUAA